CUAACGCACACGUGUAAAGCCGCGAACACCGUCAAAGAUUGAUCUUAAACGUUGAUUUUCCGCCGCCGACGAUGAAAGCUUGCACUUGCAGAUCUCUCCUCAGGGUGGACCGUGCUUGGGAAUUUACAAACUCGUGUUGGACAUCAAAACCAGUUCAAUAUUUGAAGGAAUGUUGUUUUCAUCAUGGUUUGAACUAUAAGGGGAAAAUUGGUUGGAUAAAGAAUAGUCAAGGCCUUAUGGAUAGGAAAAAACGAAGAACUAUUACUCCUAUAUGGAGACCAGUCCUUCGGCAAUCUACUUUGGCCCAGGAACGUUCAGUGAAGGAGCUGCGGGUUGAGUCUGAAGAUUUGCAUGAGAUUGAUGAUGGUGGAAAGGUAGAAGAUGGAAGUGAAGUCCAAGAAGUGCAUAUUCUUAACAGUGCAUCUGAUACUCAAUGUACCCAUCAUGAAGGCAAAGCAGCAGAUGGACCAGCUGGCCCAACUCUUCGUUCUGAAACCAUUCAGGGUAAUGGUGAAGGUACAGCACCAGAAAAUGCAUCAUUGCCUUCUGAAGAUAAGCAUUCAGUUUCAGUAAAAGUAGGAGCUGCCUUAAUGCGUUUCAUCAAAGGAAAAGGGGGAUCCACACAGAAAAAUAUUGAAGAGGAGACGGGAGUUAAAAUUGUAUUUCCAUCAUCAAAGGAGGAUGCCAUCAUAAUUGAAGGAAUUUCUGCUGAAAGUGUGUCUAGAGCUUCAGAAAAAGUACAAGUUAUAGUUGACGAGGCAGUAAAAAGUCCAAACCUAGACUACUCUCACUUCAUAUCACUCCCAUUGGCUAUACAUCCUGAACUGGUCCAUAAGCUUGUCCACUUUCAGCAGUCUGUUCUUGGGGCAAACAGUCCUGGUGAGGAUGAAAAUCUGGAUAGUGAUUCAAAUGAAGAUAUUGACGAGGACCAAGAGUUAGAUAAGCGACCUGAUGUUGCAGUUAAACUUAAAGUUGAAGAUGAUAAUGAAAAUGUUAAAGUGGAUAUUACCAAUAUACAUCGCAUUAGUUACCUGCCUAAAGCAUCAAACUCAUCUGAACUGAAAGUGUUGAAGCCUUCUACCUUGUCUGAUUUGGGAAUUGAGAGAUCAAUAUUUAUUAAACCGAAAACAUUUCACUUGACUGUACUUAUGUUGAAGUUGUGGAACAACGACAGAGUUGAUGCAGCUGCUGAGGUUUUGAAGAGCAUCUCCCCAAAAGUAUUGGAAGCCUUGGAUGGACGGCCUAUUUCUAUUAGACUUAAGGGGCUGGAAUGCAUGAGAGGUUCACCAGCAAAAGCGCGUGUCAUCUAUGCUCCUGUUGAAGAAAUUGGUAGUGAGGGCAGACUUUUACAUGUCUGUCAAGUCAUUAUUGGUGCAUUUGUUGAAGCUGGUCUUGUUCUUGAGAAAGAUGCUGCGCAGACAUUGAAGUUGCAUGCCACUGUGAUGAAUGCAAGGCACAGGAAACGGAAGAAAAGGACAAGAAAGUUGGAUUCAUUUGAUGCAAGGGGGAUUUUCAAGCAAUUUGGUUCUGAGGAAUGGGGGGAGUAUCUUAUCCGUGAACUUCAUCUUUCACAGAGGUUUGCAUUUGAUGAAAAUGGAUAUUACCACUGCUGUGCUUCCAUUCCUUUUCCUGAAAGUAUGCAACUGGAUUGAUUUUAUUUCACAGAGGUUUGUAUAUUGACAAAAAUGGAUAUUGUUCUUCCAUUCUUAGUGAAGUAUGCAACCUGAUCAAUUUAUUUCCCAUGAAUAUACAAUGGAUUCAGUACUUUCAGUUGGAAUAAAGUGUAAAUAGUUUCUGGUU